AUGAUUGAGGUUUCUGUUUCUGGACAGGCUCUUGAAGACGACGACCCAGUGACUGUGACGUUCCCGUCGACGCUCCGGCGGGUGAUAUUAGAAGCGUGGUGGGAUUUGGGUUUUACUUUUGAUCAGAUCAGUAAAAUUCUCAAAUCUAAGAUCUCUCUUCCUUUCUGCAUCUCUUUCUCCAUACCUUGUGAUCCUUGUAUCAAUAAAAUUUCUAACUGGCUUGACGAGAAAGUAGCUUGUAUACAUAACCUGGAGAAGAAUCUCACGGCUCUGGUGACAUCCAUGGAAGAGCUCAAGGCUAAGCGUGAUGAUCUGUCAAAAAGGGUCACAAGAGGGGAGGAUAGAGGUCAGCAAAGGCUUGCCGAAAUCGAGGUAUGGCUUAAUAGAGUUGCAAGUAUUGAAAAAAGAGUCAGUGAUCUUCUUAGUGCUAGAGAUGAUGAGCUUCAAAAGCUGUGUCUUUGUGGGUUUUGCUCUAAGAGUUUAAGAUCGAGUUAUGGUUACGGGAAAAAAGUUUUCUUGACGUUAAAGGAGGUUGAGACACUCCAUAGUAGAGAAUUUGAAGUGAUUGUUGAGGAAGCUCAAACACCUCGGAUGGAAGAAAGACCUCUUCAACCCACAAUUGUUGGUCAAGAAACGAUGCUUCAAAAGGCAUGGAAACAUCUCAUGGAAGAUGGAGUUGGAAUGAUGGGUUUGUAUGGUAUGGGCGGAGUAGGGAAGACCACACUUCUCACACAGAUCAACAAUAAGUUCAGCGACGUAAGUAGUGGAUUUGAUUUUGUGAUAUGGGUCGUGGUGUCUAAAGAGUUACAUGUAGAGAAGAUUCAAGAUGAAAUUGCUGGGAAAGUUGGUCUUGAUGGAUUUUUGUGGGAGAUAAAAGAUAAGAAUAAAAAAGGCGUACGUUUGUACAAUUUCUUGAAGAAAAAGAGAUUUGUGUUGUUUUUAGAUGACAUAUGGGAGAAGGUGGAUUUAACAGAGAUUGGAGUCCCGUUUCCAACAACACAAAACGGAUGCAAAGUUGCCUUCACCACUCGUUCCCAAGAAGUAUGUGAUCGGAUGGGGGUUGAAGACCCAAUGGAAGUCCAAUGUUUAGCGGACAAUGAAGCAUUUGAUUUGUUCCAAAAGAAGGUUGGACAAAGAACAUUAGGAAGCCAUCCGGAGAUCCCUGAACUUGCAAGAAUAGUUGCUAAAAAAUGUUGUGGCCUACCAUUGGCACUCGAUGUCAUAGGGGAGACCAUGUCAUGCAAGAGGACGAUACAAGAAUGGCGUCACGCGAUAGAUGUUUUGACUUCGUACGCUAUAGAGUUUUCUGGUAUGGAAGAUAAGAUCCUUCUCCUUUUGAAGUAUAGCUACGAUGACCUUAAGGGCGAAGGUAUUAUAGAUGGAAGUGAGGGUAUAGAGAGGGCUGAGAACAAGGGGUAUGAGAUAAUUGGUGAUCUUGUCCGUGCAUCCUUGUUGAUGGAAGAAGUUGGAACAGAACAAGUGCAUAUGCAUGAUGUUGUUCGCGAAAUGGCCUCGUGGAUUGCAUCUGAACUGGGAAGAGAAAAGGAGGCUUUCAUUGUGCAUGCAAGUGUUGGGUUAAGUGAAAUUCCAAAGGUUAAAAAUUGGAAUGUUGUGAGAAAGAUGUCACUGAUGAAGAAUAAGAUUCGCAAUCUCACUGGCAGUCCUGAAUGUCUCCAACUCACAGCUUUUCUCAUGCAACAUAGCUCAAGGCUAAGNGUAGUUUCUAAAGAGUUACGGGUUGAGAACAUUCAAGAUGAAGUCGCUGGGAAAAUUGGUCUUGGUGGAGAGAAAUGGGAGAAAAAAGAGAAGAGCCAAAAGACCAAAGAUUUAUACAAUUUCUUGAAGAAAAAGAGAUUUUUGUUGUUUCUAGAUGACCUAUGGGAGAAGGUGGAUCUAAUAGAGAUUGGAGUCCCAUUUCCAGCACCACAAAACCGAUGCAAAGUAGUCUUCACCACUCGUUCCCAAGAAGUAUGUGCGCACAUGAGGGUUGAAGAACAAAUGGAAGUCCAAUGUUUGGCGGAAAAUGAAGCAUUUGAUUUGUUCCAAAAGAAGGUUGGAGAAAGAAUAUUAGGAAGCGAUCCAGAGAUCCAUGAGCUUGCAAAAGAGGUUGCUAAAAGAUGUGGUGGCCUUCCAUUGGCGCUCAGUGUCAUAGGGGAGACCAUGUCAUGCAAGAGAAGGGUGGAAGAAUGGCGUCACGCGAUAAAUGUUUUGAGUUCGUACGCUACAGAGUUUUCUGGCAUGGAAGAUAAGAUCCUUCCGCUUUUGAAGUAUAGCUACGAUAAUCUUAAGGGCGAGGAUGUCAAAUCAUGUUUGCUGUAUUGUGCUUUAUUUCCAGAAGAUGAUCUGAUUUCUAAAAAGAAUUUGAUAGACUACUUGAUAGGCGAAGGUAUUAUAGAUGGAAGUGAAGGUAUAGAGAGGGCCAAAUACAAGGGGUAUGAGAUUAUUGGUGAUCUUGUUCGUGCAUCUUUGUUGAUGGAAGAGGAUGGACAGUAUGUGAACGUGUGCGUAUGCAUGAUGUUGUUCGUGAAAUGGCAUUGUGGAUUGCAUCUGAAUUGGGAAGAGAAAAGGAGGCUUUCAUUGUGCAUGCAGGUGUAG